AUGGAGAAGACAGAGGUGCUGCAAGAACAAAUGAUGGCUAGAUCUAUCCCUUGCAAUGCUGAGCUUCAAGAACUAAUGCAUCAAAUUGACAUAAUGGUAAACAACAAGAAACUAGAAUGGCAAAAGAAGAUGCAAGCAUUAGAAGUGAGAAUGUCUAUUCGGGAUCAAGAAUUAGCAAAUGCCCAAAGCAAGUUAGAUCAGAAAGGCCAAGAGGUUGGACUACUAAGACAGAAGCUGGACAGCUUGCAAAAAACAAAAUUUGAGAUGGCUCAGAACUAUGAUUCUCAGCUUCAGGCCCUGAAAACUCAAUUUGUCAGGCUGACAAAAAGCUAUGAAAAGCUACAGCUGCACCAGUUAAAACAAAAUAAAGGUCACGAUAUGGAGAAAUGUACAGAAAACCAAGAGGCAUCAUGGCAACUGAGCAGUCUAAACCAGAAACUAGAAAAACAAGCACAGAAUUGUCAAAUCCAGAUAAGCUGUCAAACACCAAAACAGGAGAAAUCAGAUACUUGCAGUCACUGCAAAACUGAACACCUCAGCAUUCACCAUGGUGUUUCUCUUGAGCCCACUGGCAAGAAUGACUGUUUCAUGGAAAAACUUAAGUUAACUGUGAGUGAAAUAGCAGUGAGCAGGAACAGGUUGCAAGAAGAAAACCUGAAGCUUCAGCAGGAAGUAAAAAUGUACCAAAGAAAGUGCCAGAAUAUUGAAGCCAGGCUUACAGAAGUGAAGAAUGAACUACAGUCACGUGAGGAUCUAUUGAAUAUGGUAGAACUGGAAUGCCAACAGUUGCGCAAAGAAGUAGCCAGAAUUGAAGAGCAUAAGAAUAAGGAAGACAAUCAAGUGAAGAUUCAAUCAGCUUAUGCACAAUGUCUUAAAGACUUGGAAGUAAAGAAAGCUCAGAUACUUGUUUUGGAACAACAGCAGGAAAAUCAACAAGAAGAACUGAUCCAGAUAAGAGACCGCCUUUAUCAGGAAGAACAGUCCCAUUGCUCAGAGGUGGAGAGAAUGAGGACAGAAAUCUCUGACCUGAUAGAAGAGCUUCAUCAGAAGGAGAUUACUAUAGCAACUAUCAUGGAGAGAGCUGCUCUACUGGAAAGGCAGUUACAAAUGAAGUUAGAGAUAAAAGAGAAAAUGUUAGGAAAACAACAGAUAAUAGAUUUGUCUAAUAAGGAACACGAGACCUGCUUAGAAUCCACCAAUAUGCCGGAGCAUAAAGAUGAAAGGUUACAAAAUGAUCGUGUUAAAUUGCCAACAAACUCAAAAAUACCUUUGCUGGUAAAGCCUUUUACAUGCCAUGGAACAAAGCAUUCCAACCAGACUUCAGUAAAAAUGCAAGAGAAAGAAGAGAGACCUGCGCAGAAUGAAGGUGAAUGGACACCACAACCUGCAACAUAUGAAAAGUUCGGAUGCUACAGAAAUCAAUUUCCUGCCUGGUAUGGCCAAGGCGAUAUUGCCAGCAUUAAAAGCAGCAGCAAUUUGCCUUUUCAAAGAUCAAGCAGAGAUUGUGAACCCGCAGCAGAUGGUAGAUCUUCAUCUCCACCCCAGGUAUAUCCAGCGCAUUGCAUCGCCUGCUUUCCUGAAAGGAAUAAGCCUGAUAUGUUAGUGAAUAAUGUCUAUGCUGUGGAAGAAAAUGAGAUGUCUUCCCCAGAGACUCUGUUUCUUGCGAAUGCAACAGAAAAGUUCCUGCAAGAGGAAGAGAAACGAGCAAGAGACUUUGAAUGGGUUUUGAACUCUCACAUUGAAGAAUUGCAACGGCAAUCAGAGAACACCCUGAAGAAAUAUGCCAAUUUCAAGCACAGCCGGCACAGAUGA